UGCUCCCGAUGGCAUUCAUGACAGUGGGUGGACUCGGUGUUGUGACUUGCCGUGAACAUGGCUGACAUGACCAACGACUCCACUCGUCGCCUCGUCUCCAAGAAGCAAACCUUAGAUGAUGCAUACGCGGCCCCGGCCAACUUUUUAGAAAUAGAUGUAGUGAACCCUAUCACCCACGGUGUCGGCAACAAAAGAUAUACGGACUACGAAGUUCGGAUGCGGACCAACCUACCAGUGUUUAAGGUGAAGGAAUCGAGCGUACGGAGGAGGUACAGCGAUUUUGAGUGGUUAAGAAAUGAGCUUGAAAGGGACAGCAAGAUUGUGGUUCCACCUCUCCCUGGAAAAGCGCUAAAGAGGCAGCUACCAUUCCGAGGAGAUGAUGGCAUAUAUGAAGAGGAAUUUAUUGAAGAUAGACGCAAAGGACUUGAAGUUUUCAUCAACAAAAUUGCAGGACAUCCUCUUGCACAGAAUGAAAAGUGCCUACACAUGUUCAUUCAAGAGCCAGUCAUUGACAAAAACUAUGUGCCUGGCAAAAUUCGCAACACGUGAACCUGCCCUACCCCUCAGUCUAAGUAACCAACAUGGAAGCUCUGUAAUCAUCUGAUACACCUAAUAGAUGUAAUGAUACUGAAGAUCAGAUCUGCUGUACAUGAGGAUGGGAUUUGUUUACCGAUAUAGAUUGUAUCUUUUCCCAGUAGCGGGAUGCUCAUCAACUCUCCAAAUAUUCAUGAGUUGUCUCCCUCUCCUGCUAAGUCACCCAAAUUUCUGUAGCAUAUCUUGCAUUUACACAUUUGCAGUGACAGAGUUCGUUCAUCAUUCAUCACUUGUUUUGGUCAUUUAAGAUGCUUAAAUUCACAUAUAUAUAUGCUCUAAAUAUAUUCGAGCAAUUUUCCCUUCUUUUACAAUUUGUAGCUCUGCUUACUUGAGCAGACAACCCAUCCAAAUGUGAUUGUGAUAGGGUCACUGGAUUCUAACUGAAGUUGAUUGUUUUUCUAUUCACAACACCAACAAACCUGUUUUGCUGCUUGAGGGUUAAACACCUGUCAUUUACACUUGGCAAGUAUUGUAGUGUGUAAAGACUAGGAUGUGAAUCCCUUAGGUGGAAAACUCAGCUUUGACUUGGCAUGCUGACACAUUUCCCUUGUAUAAAGACAUUGUCAUGAAGUAUUUUUUGUGGAUGUGAUGGUGGAGAGUCAUAUCACGUGGGUUUUGAGGUGCUUGGCCAUUGCUUUGAAAUGAUUAAUAAUUUGAUGAUCAUUAUAUUUUGUCUUAAUACAUACUAUAAGAUAACACAAUUGGACACUUAAAGUUUUUAAAUUGUCUGUAUGAUCUAAAUUCAUAAUUGUUCUGUUUUAAGAUUCAUAAAACUUUUGAUUCAUAUAAACCUGAACUGUCCUUUGUAAAACUGUGGCUUUGGUCUAAGACCUAACUGUCUUAUUAAAAAUGUAUGUAAUAUUCCUC